AUUUUUAUUAUUAAUGUUAAUUAUAUUUUUGACCAAUAAUGAUCAAUUGAUCAAUUGUCAAUCAUCAUCAUCAUCGUCGUCGUCGUCGUCGAUGAUUGAAAUACAAACCGAAUUAGGUUCGAUAUCUGGAAUUCGAAUUCGAACAUAUCUUAAUAAUCGAGCCAUCGGUUUUAUGGGCAUUCCAUAUGCAUUACCUCCAAUCAGUAAUCUACGUUUCAAGAAACCUAUACCAUAUCCAAAAUGGUAUCCAAAAACAAUUAUAGCUAAUGGUUAUAAACCAUGUUGUCCACAAUUAGAUAUCAAUGGUCUACCACAUGGUCAAGAAGACUGUCUCUAUCUGAAUGUAUUUGUACCGUUGGCUAAUAUUCAACAGAAUUCCAUUGGUAGACGUUUUCCAGUUAUGGUUUAUAUUCAAGGAGAAUCAUUUGAAAAUGGUGAUGCAGCUCUUUAUGGUCCAGAACAUUUACUGGAUUGGGAUGUUAUUGUCGUUACUUUUAAUUAUCGUCUUGGUGUACUUGGAUUUUUAAGCACUGGUGAUGAACAUGGUAUUGGUAAUUGGGGCCUUUAUGAUCAAUUAUUAGUAUUACGAUGGAUUCAUGAUCAUAUUGAAUCAUUCGGUGGUGAUCCAAAUCAGGUUACAUUAUUUGGUCAAGGAGCUGGUGCAUCAUCGGCUAUAUUGCAUCUGAUUUCUCCAUUGAGUACUGGACUAUUUAAUCGUGUAAUUGCACAAAGUGGAUCACCACUUUGUAGUUGGUCAAUGGAAUAUAAUCCGGCUAAUGUUGCCAUUGAAUUGGGUCGUAAAAUUGGCUGUCCAAUUCGACGUGGCAAUGCCGAAUUAAUCGAAUGUUUACGACGUGUAAAAUUGACCGUAUUACUCAAAGAACAACAACAAGGAAAAAUAUUCGGCGAAUAUCCUCAUCAAUUCGUACCUGUUGUUGAAGAAGUAGGCAUCGCUCAUGAACGUCUUGUACCGAAUGAACCACGACGAUUAAUAAGUCAAGGUCAUUAUCGACGUAUCCCAUUAAUGAUGGGAUAUAAUAAAGAUGAAACGUCAUUUCUUUAUUCACUCAUACUAAACAAACAGAUGAUUGGUGAUCAAGUUGGAAAUCUACGAACAUAUUUAGAGGAAAAACUUUUGCCACGAUUUAUACGUGCUACCAUUUUGUUGGGCGGUGGAAAAAAUCCUGCCUAUGAAAUGAUUGGAAAUAAUGCCUAUAGGCUUAAAACAACAAUCAAAAAUUAUGAACACGAUAUACAACAGAAUAUUUUGUUCAAAUAUUUCAAUUUUCUUAAUAGUAAAAAUUAUCCAGAAAUGGCUUUGAGAUUCGUAAAUAUGAGUACCGAUGCUUUAUAUGGAUCUUGUAUUGAUGAAACAUUGCGAUUAUAUUCGGCUGCUGCAACAUCGUCUAAUCAAAAUCUUAAUGCUAUGAAUCAUUUCCUUUCAUUACCAUUCACAAAUAUCACUUAUAAAUAUGUAUUCGGUUAUCGAGGACGUAAUUCGAUGUUAAAUCUAAUUUUACAGGAUAAUCAUCGUCAGCAAAUCGGCUAUAAUGAUAAAGGAUUAAUGUGGUGGCCAUCGAAUAAUAAUCAAGAAUUUGAUCCAACAUCCGUUGCCGUCUGUCAUGGAGAUGAAUUAUUUUAUUUAUUCAAUUUAAAAUUUUCAACACGUAAACCACAAGAUAAUCGUGAUGCAUUAGUUCAACGACGAUUAUUACUUCUGUGGACUGAUUUUGCCAAACAUGGAUUUGCCCCAUUUAUACCAAGUUUGGAUACACCAUUUUGGCCACCAUAUACGAUACAAAGGCCAACUACCUAUUUGAUAGACGAAAAAUUAUCGCCUGUUGAUUCAUAUCAUGAUUCGGCAACACAUUUUUGGAUACGUUAUUUACCAUCAAUUAGUUCAUCAUCGAUUUCAUCGGCAUCAAUCAUUGAUCGUUCAAAAACAAAUUCAAAAUGGCAUCCAUCUGAUAAAAAUAAUAAUAAUGGUCGUAGUCUACAAUCGGAUAGCAAUAGUAUUAGUACAAUGACAAAACUACGAACAUUUGCAUGGUCGAUGCUUGCUUUAUCAUUAAUAUUAUUCAUUUUAAUUAUCAUUCUAAUGUUAUUGUUAUUUCAUCAACGACGACGGCAAUCAUUUUCGGCUGAAACAUCUCAUGUGUAUAAUUGUGGACAAACAUCGGCUAAAACAUUAGCACAUGUUCUUGCAUCACGUCGUGCAUCAUUAUCAUCGGGAAUGUAUUGAAAUUUUUUUUUUAUAAUUGUUCAAAUAAAUUCAUUUCUGUACAAAAUAAAUUCAU